AUGAAGGCGGUGAAGGCGGUGAAGGCGGUGAAGGCGGUGAAGGCGGUGAAGGCGGUGAAGGCGGUGAAGGUGGUGAAGGUGGUGGGGAAGGUGGUGGUGAAGGUGGUGAAGGUGAUGAAGGUGGUGGUGAAGGUGAUGAAGGUGGUGGUGAAGGUGGUGGUGAAGGCGGUGGUGAAGGCGGUGGUGAAGGCGGUGAAGGCGGUGGUGAAGGCGGUGAAGGUGAUGAUGAAGGCGGUGAAGGCGGUGGUGAAGGUGGUGGUGAAGGUGGUGGUGAAGGUGGUGGUGAAGGUGGUGGUGAAGGUGGUGAAGGUGGUGGUGAAGGUGGUGGUGAAGGUGGUGGUGAAGGUGGUGGUGAAGGUGGUGGUGAAGGUGGUGGUGAAGGUGGUGAAGGUGAUGGUGAAGGUGGUGAAGGUGGUGGUGAAGGUGGUGAAGGUGGUGGUGAAGGUGGUGGUGAAGGUGGUGGUGAAGGUGGUGGUGAAGGUGAUGAUGAAGGUGGUGAAGGUGAUGAUGAAGGUGGUGAAGGUGAUGGUGAAGGUGAUGGUGAAGGUGGUGAAGGUGAUGGUGAAGGUGGUGAUGAAGGUGGUGAUGAAGGUGGUGAUGAAGGUGGUGGUGAAGGUGGUGAAGGUGGUGAAGGUGAUGAAGGUGAUGAAGGUGAUGAAGGUGAUGAAGGUGAUGAAGGUGGUGGGGAAGGUGGGGAAGGUGGGGAAGGUGAUGAAGGUGGUGGUGAAGGUGGUGGUGAAGGUGAUGGUGAAGGUGAUGAAGGUGGGGAAGGUGGUGGUGAAGGUGGUGGUGAAGGUGGUGGUGAAGGUGGUGGUGAAGGUGGUGGUGAAGGUGGUGGUGAAGGUGAUGAAGGUGGUGGUGAUGAUGGUGAUGAAGGUGGUGGGGAAGGUGGUGAAGGUGAUGAUGAAGGUGGUGAAGGUGAUGAUGAAGGUGGUGAAGGUGGUGAUGAAGGUGAUGGUGAAGGUGAUGAUGAAGAUGAUGAUGAUGAUGAUGAUGAAGAUGACCCCCAGGCGUUCCUUGUCCCUGCUGGCUUAGCAGUUCACCUCCCCAAGGUCCCAAACAAGCGAGUUCCCAAUGGCAGCUCAGCCAAAAACCGAAUCUGGAGCCCAAACUCAAAACGCUGCCGGAGUUUGGGCGCACCGAGCGCAGCACGGAAAAGUGCAGGAUGUGCUUUCUGUUGGUCCUUUCCAGCAUCCCUUCCUCCUGUCCUGUCCUCUGCAGCGCUCAGCUGGGUGCGGAGCCGUUGACCGCUGCCCUCUGGCUGCUGCUUUUCCAACCGAUUCCUCCUCUCUGAUGCUCACAUCCACCUCUCUCCCAUUUUGAGAUGAGGCUGUGGUGGUGAAACCUUGCCCAGGACCUUGUGGAAGCCCAGGAUGGUGACAUCAGUUGCCUUUGGAUGACAUCGGUUACCCUCAAGUUCUUCCUUAAGGACCAGAAAUUCAGUCACAGACCGGUUGAGAAUCCCCAAAUCCUCCCGAUCCACCCCAAAACCCAGCCACCGUGUAGGAAGGACUUCAAGCUGUUCUGAUUUAUGCCAAUAAUCCCAGCACAUCUUCUGUGGGGUGCCACAGUCUGUAGCAAUCGGAUACAACAGGCCUCGGUCUGUCCCUCGGUCUGUCCUUUAGCCUGUCCCUCGGUCUGUCCCUGCAUCUUAGUCCUCAGCACGUGACAAAUGCCAUCUGGGGGUCACUGUGCCCACAGAGCUCCCUUCUGCUGUCCCCCAGUGGGGAUGGUGGAGGAAAACACAGCGGGGACAGAGCGUGGUCCCCAAAAUUUGGUGGUGACAGCAGGCUGGACGCAUUGGGGACCCUCGUGUGACAUCCAGUGUGGGACAAAGCGAUGGAGCCACGUGUGCGACCCCAGACCCCCCGUCCCCCCUGCUGCCCCCCAAGCCCCCCAUUAUUUACACCACUGCAUUCCUGUGCUGAUGGGCCUCCCCUUGUGCCUCGUUUUUGGGGACAGAACUCAAAUGCCCCCCCUCGGGACUCCCUGAGGUCCUCUUUUAACCCCAGGCGACCUCGUCUUCCCCAAAUCCAGCGGUCCCAAUUUCCCACCGGUGACCCCAAAGGCUUCACGCCAGAUCCUUUCCUGCUCAGCUCUGAUCCCAAAGCGCUUCUUCGAUCCUGCCAACAUUUUAACACGCCUUCAGUCCCCCAAACGCUCCCCAAAUCCAACCCAAAACGCCGCCGCCGUUUCUGCUCUCUCCCAACCCUCCCCUCUUCUGCAGACACCAAAGAUUUCCCUACCUUCCACCUCCUGCAGAUGCACCAUGGAUCCCCUGUAGGUCCCCCAUCAUCCUCCUCUGCCCUCCCGUUCCACCCCACAUUCAUCUUUGGGCGUUGAGCAAUUCCUUUGUGCAUCGCUUGCUUUGCAGAAGUUCACGCGCCUGUCUGAUUAUUGCUCCUGUUAUUUCUCCCUUCAUUUUUGGCCUCAGUAAAUAGAUUU